AUGGUCAACUUCUUAUCUUUGAUCAAUCAUCAAGGCAGACUCUUUGUAAACAACCCCAUCCCAGAAAAUGAUGGAUUACUAGCAGUUAUUGACUUUAAAUAGAAAAAUAAGUCAUAUCACCCAAUUGAUGUUGUCUUUAAUAGUGUGGGUGAUUCAUUUUUGACUUCAGAUUCACGCGGUCAAACGACCUUGUUUAAUUUAACCAACAAUAGAUAUCUCGUUCUCAACGAUUCAGUAAAGAAUCCUAUAAGUGGUGUUUCAUUCACUGGAAAGUAUCCUCAAGAUUAGGUUAUGAUUGUUUUUAAGGACAAGACAAUCUAAACUCAUUCAUUAAAUGGAAAACUCUUAGACAAGUUUACUUAAGUUCAUAAUUUGGAAGUUAAAAACUUAGAUUUGAAUGUAAAAAUGAACAUGAUUUUAACUCUAUCUCCUGAAGCAUGCCAUCUUUGGACUAAUAACUCCAGUUCAUCUAUUUAAAAGAUGAGAUCAAUAUUUGCUAAAGAUGGAUUGCAUUUUACUUAAGCAAAAUUCACCCCUGAUGGUCAAACUGUUGCAACUUUACUUAAAGAUGGAGAUAUUGUUUAAUGGUCUCUAGAUACAACUGCAUAAAUGGACACCUAAACUGCCAAUCUAAGUUUUAAAUCAAAGUAAUUGACUUGCUUUGAUAUUGGAUUCUAAUAUAUGGCUGUAGGUGGUCAAGAUCUACCACAUGUAAUUAUAAAAGAAUUGAGGUCAUAAGCUAGAUCUGAAACAUUUUAUAGACUUCCAGCUGGAUGUAGAGGAAUAAACAAGAUGUAAUUAUUAAGGGACAAAAAUUUAUUAGCUAUGAUUAGUGAAGGUUAUUUCUAUAUUCUUGACUUGAGUUAAGUAUCUGAAAAUGAGGGGAAAGCAUUUGUAAAGCUUAACAUUAGAUUACCUAAUGAAUCGAUAAAAAAUUUUGAUGUUGAUUUCAAUAUGAAUACUGCUAUAUUACUCACUUAAAAUGGAAAUGCUUACCUCUAUGAUUUGCCGAAAGCAUUAGAAAACGAAAGAAUCAUCCAAAGAAGGAAGUUAGAUAUGGGCCUUGAAUAAGAAUUAGUGGUUACAUAUCUUUAAAAGGCUAGUGAAGAUGAGAUUUAUGAAAUAAAAUAGAGAGACUAGCAAAAUAUUAAAUCAAUGAUGAUGUCUGAUUACUCAAACAAACAGCCAAGUUUUAUGAAUCCACUAAUUACUUAGCAACAGUAAACAUACGAAUUUAAAGAUUAUGUAGUUGAAUAAACAAUGAAUACUCUAAACAAUCCUUUUGCAUAGAAAUCAUUAGUUGAUGCCUAAAAGUAAACUAUAGCUUAAAGCUAUGAUAACAAUCAACCUAGAAAUUUCAAUAUAAGCUAAGCUUAAAGUUAAGCUUACGGCCAUCUAGUCUCUAUCUAAUCCUAAGCAAAUCCAUUUUAAACUGUCAACGAAAAAUAAGAAUUAAUGAAUGCUGGUUUGUCAUCCACUCUUGCCAAGAAAUCUAACUUCAAAAAACCAAGCGCCUCAAUAGUUUAAUCCACAAUGAAACAACCUCAAUCUUAGUAAAGAAAUAUUCUAUCUCCUUAAAAAUAAACUAUAUAACCAAUCACAUAACAACAGACAGUAGUUCAAGAAAACUAAUUCACACUUGAUGAAAUAUUCGUACCUGAUUUAAAAUACUCACAAUCAAAGUUCUCAUAAUCUUCUUCGACUCAGUUUAAUUUACCAAAGUUAAGAUAAAUGCUAAAUUCAUUUGGAGAAUACCCAGAGAAAUAUAGAUUUCUAACCUGGAAAUUUCUACUUGAGCUACCACUUAACAAAGAUGGCUUUUAAAAUCUAAUCAGAAGGGGUAUUCAUCCAGUCUUCAAAAACUUGCAUAGAUAAUAUCCAAUAGCUUAAAACAGACUUUAUAAUAAAUUAGUUAGAACUUUAAGUGCUCUUGGACAUUGGUCACCUAUUUUCUUAGACGUUGAUUAUUUGCCAUCAAUAGUUUUUCCAUUCAUCAAAAUCAUACCUAAUGAUGAUUUAUUGGUUUUUGAAAUUAUCAUGGCUUUAGUAAUGCAAUACAUGUAAACAUGGUUUGAAUGUCAUCCUUCAGAACCAGUUUCAGUAUUAAUAGCUAUCAAUUAAGUUUUGGAAAAUGAGAAUAUUCAAUUGAGCGCUCAUCUCAAGUAACUAGGUUGUAAUGCUAGCAUCUUUGCUUGGCCAAUGAUGAAAAAUUUAUUUACUGAGGUUCUUGCAAAAGAUGAUUGGCUUAAGCUUAUUGAUUACUUGUUUACCUACAAGGAAGAUCCAGAGAGAAUCAUAUACUUCUGUGUUGCCUUCUUACUCUCCUCAAAAGGAGCUUUAUUUAACGUUUAAUCAAUUGAAGAACUUCACAACUUUUAAUAAACUCCAACAGGAAUACCAUUCAAAAAAAUUGUUAGUCUUGCUACUAAACUUCAUUAAAGAUAUUCUUAGGCUAUUUUUUCUGGGCAUAUCUCUUAAAAUUUACCCCUAAUAAAAGAUAUUAAUAUAUCUGGCGGUGAAUAUCCUGUAUUUAGCAGAUAUCCAGAGCACACAGUCCUUGUUUAAACAAGAAUGAAAUCAUAAAUAAUUCAGGAGGAAGAGGAAAUUCUAAGAAAAUAAGCAUUAUUAGAAGAGCUAAAAACAAAAUCUGAGUAAAUCCUUAUUAAUGAGGAAUUAAUGAGAAAGUAAUAAGAAGCUGCUCACUAAGCUGAAUUAGAGAGAAAAAGAAAAAUCUAAACUGAAUAAGAAUUACUUCUUCAAGAAAGGAUAAGACUCGAUGAAAUGACUAGAUUGGCUAAGCUUGAUCAUAUAAAGAAGCUUGAAGAAGCUGUUAUGCAAGCUAUGGGUAGAUAGGAAGAUCUUAUUAAAGAGGAAGAAAGAGUUGCAGAGGAUGAACUUAAUUAAAAGCAAAGAUUAGCCUCUUACGAGUAUUAAGCUAGACUUUAAGAUGAGCUUAUAAAUAAUAUGGAGUUUAAAGCAAAUCAGAGGAUGCUUGAAAUGAUGUAAAAAAAUCAGUCAGAGGAACAUGUGAGAAAAAUGAAAUCAGAAUUCGAGUAAAGAUAAAGAGAGGAAGAGCAUCGAGAUAAGGUUACUUAGGAAAGAUGGAGACUGGAAGACAAAGAAUAAAAAAUGAAGAAUGAACUUGUGAGGUAGGCAAUGUAAUAAUAGACUUAGACAAUAAAGCAGUUAGCUGAAAAAGCAAAGAUAGAUGAAAGAUUCAGAAUGUAAGAGCACUAAAAAGAGCUCUAAUUACUGUAUAUAGAAGAAUAGAGAAGGCUAAGGGCUUUGGAGGAGGAGUAAAUUCUUAAGAAACAACAAUUGCUAGAAGAUAUCAGACUUAAAGGAGAAAUUUUAUCACAGUAAGACUUGGAUAAUAAAUGGUCAACUUUAAAUAUGCAAAGAGAACUUGAGAAAGAAAAGGCUAAAAAAAGAAUGGAAGAUAUUGAAAUUGAAAGAUAAAGACUAGAUAUGGCAAUUGAGAGAGAAAGAGAAGAAAAAGAAAGAUUAGACGAGAUUGAGAGAAGGAGGAAUUAAGAAUAAGAGAUUCAUAUUAAUCGGACUAUUCUUUCUUCUUAAUCUGAGCAGCAGAAUUCAUAAGCAGAAUAAAUCAGGCGUCAGCUUUAGCAAGAUAGAGAGGAGGCUGAGAGAAGAAGAAUUGAAAUGAUGAGGAAAGAGGCAGAAUUAAGAGAAAAAGACAACUUAAUGUAAUAUAUAAAAUAGACAGGAUAAAACAUAAACAGCAUUGUAGAGAGAGGAUAGAGAGAACUUGAGCAAAGAAAGUAAGUCAGAGAGAAUUCUAUCCUAACCAAUAAUAGCUUUGAUAAUAGACAAUAGCAAUAGAAUACUACAACUCUACCUCCUGAAUACUCUCAUUUAAGAUAUAGAGAAUCCUACGAGAACAAAAUUUAAGAGAGGGAGAGAUAACUUAAGGAAUAGAAUGAACAACUCCUAAAGAGAAUGAGUGAGGAAAAAGAAAACCACAGAACUGUAAACUUAAAUGAGUCAUAAAAUCCAUAUGCUAACAACAAUAUGUCAAACACUGGAAUGAGUCACAACUAUGGAAAUCCAUACACUAUUAAUUCAAAUGGGUUCUCUUAAUAUAACCAGACAAAUGUGCAAAAUCCAUAUACUCAAGGAUUGAUGAGCUAAAACCUCUCAGAUAAAUCUAUUUAGAGUUCUCUAUCUAGCUCUCAUGGGGAUACUGAUGCUAUCAAGAAGCAUUAUCAAAUUAAAUAGUAAGUCUAAGAUUACCACAAUAAAUUUAAUCCACCUCAAAUUCAACCUCCUGGAUAAUCACAGGUCUUUACAUAUCAACCUCAGCACUAGCAACCUCCAGCUUAAUUGAGAGGGCAGUAGGUGCAACCAACAGUGGAGAGUUCAAAGAAAAAGCAUAAAAAGAAUAAGAAUAAGCAAAGCUAGCUAAGUUCAUAAGAAAAAGAAAGCUACUAUCAUAGUAGUAGCAGCAGUAAUUCAUCUGGUGAAGAUGAAGAUGGCGAUGAUAUAUCAAACUCAAGCAGCAAUUCAGAUGCUAUGGGUUCUGAAUCUUAAUCAUCCUAAAAAUAGUCAGCUUAUUUCUAAGGCUAAAAUUCCCUACCAAGCGGACCAAAUGGAUAGCAUAGAUCUAACAAUAACCAUAAGAGUGAUUACUCUAGCCUAAGCGAAAGUUCAAGCAAUUUGUCUUACAAAGAUGAUCUUAAGUACAGUUAGGGACCUGGCAGUAUUAAUCCUUAUGCUAACACAAAUCAAGCUUACUAAUAUCGAUGA